GUAAACAAUUGUGCUUUAGUUAGUUGAGUAGGCCAAACCAUGGACCGAGAUCGGUUUUCGGGUUCAUUGGCAAUUGUGUCGUGGUAUUGUCGCAUUUGUACAACAACCAGCGGUGUAGAUUGCCCCAUUUACGAAGCCCCAAACGAAGACGAAGGCACGGCGAGCCUGCAUAUGAUGCUGGCUAAGCUUUUCCCAACAGUCUUCAAUGAGUCGCAAGUGUUAAGUGAUAAAGUUAUGGAUUGGCCAUCAAAAAUAUGUCUGGAUUGCAAAGGCAAAGUAAUAGAAUCGUACGGGUUGUACGAACUCUGUACGAAGAGUGCGCAGCAAUUGGCACUGCUAGUUGCAAAACAACAAACCGUUACACACACUUUUCAAGCGGAGGUCGAUGAUCAUGAUGGAGAUAUCAAAAUGAAAUUAGAUUGCGAGGACCCCUUAAUGCUGAAGGUAGAAUAUGACUCGGACGACCAGAGCUCCGAAUGCAGAGGUUUCGAAAGUCUUUCAUCUACAGCGAAUGUGUUUACCGAUAUUGAGGAUGGCCAAUCCACAACUGAAAGCAGCUUGCUGCAGGGCACCAACGUUUCAUCACUUGCCAUCAAAACGCAGUUAAAUCGUAGCACGAAAACUGCUGAAGGCAGAAAAUCGACAAGCAGAAAGCUCAACAAAGCAAACACACAGGUAGCUUCCGUUACGGGUAGGUUUGUAACAUCCGUUGAAAGCAGACUUGAAAACAUACAAAAUUCAGAAUUUCAUCCAAUUCCAUUGGAUUCACUCGACGAAAUGAAAAAGUUGGAGAGAAAGCUGCAGGACGAUACUGUGUAUCGGAAACAAUUGAAGCAAUAUCUCGAACGCAAAAUAUUUUCCGACACUGUGCCGAAACGGUUAUAUGAACUAAUCGAUAUCGUUUUCACGAAACGCUUAUUUGCUUCGUUUAGUUGGACGGGAGUCAGUCGGGGCAAUGUACCUAAAACAAAAAUGCGCAGUUUUACUAAUAUUUUAAGUUUUCUACGAGAAGCUUCGGCGUACAAUGGGCAUAUAUUUAAAUUAAAGUCAUUUUAUAAAUUCAUCCAAGUACGACUACAACGAGCAACACAUAGGGAACGAGAGACCACCGGUCAAAGACACACCACUUGUAAACAGAUAUUUAAAGACGACGAUUUUGAGGAUGACGAAGAAUCAAAAUUACCGCCCGUCGUGAGUGAGGACGAAACGUCCGCCGAGGUUAGACUUGAAACCACUGAAAUUCCAGAAUUUCAACAAAACCCAAUGGAUUCACUCGACGAGCUGCAAGAGAUGGAGAGAAAAUUACAAGAAGAUGUAACUUACCGUGAAAACUUGAAACAAUAUCUCGAGCUAAACAUGUAUGCUCUCGGUGUUCCUAAUAGGUUGUAUGAAGUAAUCGAUCUACUGUUUACGAAAAGAUUCUUUGCUUCGAUUAGCUGGACAGGAGUUAGUAGAAGCACUCACACUAAAAUAAAGCUGCGUAGUUUUACAAAUGUUUUAGGAUUAGCAAGAGCGGUUUCUGCAUAUAAUGGCCACGUAUUUAAAUUAAAAUCAUUUAAUAAAUUUGUCAAAGAACGUCUGCAACGAGCUAACUUAAGGGAAAAAAAUUGUUUUGGGAUGAGAAAAGCCGUGUGCAAGCAAAAAUUUUCCGUCGAUGAUUACGAGGCUGAAGGAGAAACAGAAUUGAAUCCCGGUAUAGCGAGAGUUCAAAUAGGAAACUCAGAAUUUGUCCAUAAGCCAAUAGAUUCGCCUGACGAGCUGGAAGAACUGGAACGAAAGCUACAGGAAGAUGCAGAGUACCGUGAAAGGUUCAAGCAAUAUCUCGAAAUUAAAAUUUAUUCCCUCGAUGUUCCCAAACGGUUGCAUGAGAUAAUCGAUCUUAUUUUCACGCAACGAUUCUUUGCAACGUGUAGCUGGACGGGGAUAAGCCGCGAUAAUCAACCUAAAACAAAAAUAUGCAGUAAUCAAAAUAUUUUAAGUGUAGCAAGAGAAGUCUCUGCGUAUAAUGGUAUGGUAUUUAAAUUAAGAACAUUUUGUAGAUUCAUAAAAGAGCGGUUACAACGAGCCAACCGAAGGCAUAAAACAAUAACCGGGCUAAGGAUCUCGUCAUGCAGACAGAAAUUCUUUGAUGAGGAUUUUGAAAGUUUAUCAUAAUGUAUAUAGCUAUAUGUGUGUAAAAAAUGUGACUAUCAUAUGCUUUUCAGAAUGGUUAAUGUUCAUGGCAUGAGAAAAAUGCAUUUGUAUAAAUUUUAAUAAAAGUGGGAUGUCUAAAAAGUGAAUGUACAAAGUCUAAUAAAAUGAAAAAAA